CUCCACAACGCUUUGGCAGGGGCGGGCGACCCCUUUAACAAACGAGGCAGGAGGCGAGGUGCUGGGAUGGCUUUGUUUACUUUGCGGGUGGAGGGCCCAGCUUCCGUUUUCUCAAGCAGGUAUCUCCAUUGCCCUUCUCAACACAAUCUUCAAGACCGCCCUUCGACGUUUCGAUUCCUAUGAGGGGGGAGCUUUUGGUUACGAACCGAAAUCAGUAUGGAUUCAGUAUCGUCUAGUCCGGCCUCAGGUGUUGAAUUUGGCGUUCUGCCUCGUACCCCAACAUCAAAUCUUAGCAAGAAUGGUCGCAUGUCCAAUGGCAAGGAGAACUCCCGAUCCGGCUCUCUGCACAAACGCAUCUACGAUAGCUUGAGAUUCCGAUCUCGUAGUUUUUCUCGUUCUUCUGAUAGUGGCAGCCCAAGUGCAAAACCGGUUAAACGCAGGAAGUCCAUUGUCGACCUUUUGAGUCUGUCCUCUCGCGAGUCCCAGAAUGGCAGCGAUGUGUCAGAUCAGGCACGGCAUCUUAACAAAGAGAGAACCAUAAAUGAAGAUAGAUAUGCCAACCUGUUCUCCGACAUGCCCAUGAAGAAACGUCGAAGCUUAGGAAACCUUUUGAAUCCAACAAAUAUUCUCGAAACUAUCACAAACAAAGUACCCCACAAACAAGAAUAUCUUCGUCACAGUUCUCUUGUCACCAAUGACGGCUCGCUUCGUCAACCUCAGCUCAUAGUCUUGCCUGAAAAGCUCCAGGAAACAGAAGAAAAGGCAACCAGCGAUCCAGACAAUGCCACCACUGGCAAACAUGGGGACGCAGCUACUCCUAUGUAUGCUAAGUUAGCAGAGGGAAUUGAAGUCGAUAUCGAUCUAUUUGAGUCAAGAUUGGUUCGCAUUCUUGACAGCAUAAUCGGAAAGAAAUCAACGGACGACAAUAAAUCUGAACUUCACGAUUCGUACUUGACUAUCCUUCGCGAGGCUUGUGAGGCCAAAAAGGACUGGGAUAGCUCUGAUUCACCAGAUUCCUUGCGUCCAAUGAUAACUCCGCGGAAUCAGACGAACAGUGGCACGUCAUUUUGUACUCCAGAUCCCGCAGUGCCAUUGACACAAGAGCUGCAGACCAAUGCCGAUGGUGAAAAGCGACCAAAGACACCAGACUCCUAUCUUCGGCUACUAAUAGAUUCCUGCGGGGGACUUUCACAAAAUGAUCGGCUAUUUUCCCCUGCCUCGCCUUUGCAACUCGCUAACACUACUCCCAUUUCCAAAAACGGGAGCUGCAAUAAUGACUUGGCAUUUCUGCCAGUUAUUGAUAGUGAUGAGGUUGAGCCUUCAAGCAUACAAGUAACCCCAGCCUCAUUUAUUCGGUCUUGCCAGUAUCAUUUGAGAGAAACGACUCCGGAUUGCCUUCAUGAAAAAGAACUUGUAAGGCUACAAGCUCUCGAUCAAAGACCCAUUGUCAAUGUGCGGGAAGUCAACUGCUCUCUCCCUUUGUUAGAUCUGGACCCGGAAUUUCGCCGAAGGCAAGAGAAGAGAUCAGAAAAGUAUGAAUCGCUUGGAUUGGAUGGAGAUUCUGGCUGGCGACACAACCAGGAGAAUAUUGCCCAAAGCAUUGCUUCCACUGUGGCACGAAUGACAAGAAACUACCACUCUUCAUCAGAGGAUCACGUACUCCGCUAUCAAGACUCGGAAACAAAUCAGCAAGCAGAUGAAAGCGACUCUGAUCAAAAAAAGUAUAUUGGCAGCUUCGAAACUGAUUUGAAUGAAACAUGGGACUCUGUUAUUGUGGGAAGGCACUUGAUGAAUGAAGGCAAAAGCAUUGAUGGUCGUGAAAGUCGGAUUUCAGGUUGCCUUGCCCUGCCUGUUGAGAAUAAUGAAGUUACAUCAUUGGUCGAUGUUGACGGCCUUAGCAUCAUACUUAGAAGCAGCAUCUCGGAAGGAGACCCACAGGCAGCUCUAUGUGCUGACGAAAUUCUCAUUUCCACGAUGGAAGAAAUACUGGAGGAUUCAACAGUGCUCAGAUCUCCUCUGGAACCGUUCUUUUCCCUUCGACGUAAUGUGAAGGUGGAUGACUCGGUGACUCUUGAUAAAGAGAUCGACUUCUGUCCUGAGUAUGAAAACUUUCUGAGACGCUCGUAUAGAUUUCUCACUCAGAGACCAUCCGUUCUGCUUCAACAGGAGAUGAACCUCCAGAAAGCUAAUCCAAAGCUUGAAGAUGACGAGUUCCAGAACCAGCUAUUACUGUCAAGCUCUGAAAGAAGUCGCCAGAUCUCAACCUCUACAGUUCAGGUUCGAUUUCCAGGAACUGUGAAUCUGCUUCAACAUACUGAAUAUUUCCUGUCGAUGGGAGAUGCCCUCUCUGGAUUAUACAACUACAAACUGGGGGACCUUGCCAAUUUCUAUGCCUACGACCCUACGAGCCGCACCAUCGAUGCACACUUGAUUGACUCUCCAGUUCCAAACCCGGCAGAUCUAAAGAAUAAAGGUCUUCAGCUUCAUUGGAUAACCCAACCUUCCAGUGAUACUACGACGGAUAAAGGGAGCGAUGUUUCUCCUCUGGCUGAAAAAUCGCCCCCCAUGAGACGACAACCAAGUCGGUGUGACAGUGCAUGGGAGGAAUUUGCAUCUGAGGUAGCUGAAUUCCUGGAGGAACCGUACUCCAUCUCGUAUGAAAUAGGAAAGAAAUCAACCUCUCACCUGAACAUUCCUCCGGAGGCGACAGGGGCUGGGGUAUUUUCCACGACGAACUCUGUUUUUAACGACGAUUUCUUCUUGGAAGACCAAUCUGGUCAGUUCUCUGAACAGGUGUCGGUUACUGAUGACUCUUCCGCCAUAAGAAAUGUUCGGGAAGCGUUGGCUGAAGAAGAUGUCAUCGCAGCAUUGGAUUUCGAGGAACAAGUACAAGCGAUAAAGACAUGGACGGAGCUUGCAAGAGAGGCGAGGCUGGGAACUUCACACGCAGCUACAGAUGUCGGUGAUGCCAUCCAGAAAUAUCGUUCACCUCUUGUGCCUCAAUGCGGAGAUUCAGAUUCAUUGUCGAGCAAGCACGAAAACUCGUCUUCUUGUGGACCUUCAAGCCAGAAACCCACCAAUAACAACUUCCCAAGUGGUCUUGGUGAUUUUGAUGAUCUGUACGACAACUGGGACGCGCCCAAAGAAUCUGAGGCCGAUGGUAGGGCCAGUGUUCUUGACAAUUAUUACGCAGUUGGCCGUGUUUCUCUACAUGACUCUGAAGGCUCUCAAGGAGAUCCGAAUGAGGAGGAAUCAUCUCAGGGAUUGCAAGGUUCUGUAAAUGUCGAACUCUGCGACGUAUCAAAUUUCCCCCAUACUUUCGAAACUCCGAUCACUCAUCAUGCCAGGGGUAAGAACUCUGCUAGUAACGAAUACGAACUCAUGGCGGAAAUGUUGAUAGAGAGAAUGGACAAAGUAAGACACAAUUCGUUAUCGCCAGACAUUGUCAGUGGUCACUUCCCAGGCUACCACUUCACAUCCGUCAAAUAUGGCAUCGCAGAUGAACCCGACGGAACCAAUAUGAAUGACGCAACACAGGCAGUGAAAGCUCUUUAUGAUGAUGAUGACUAUAACCACAAUGUUAUUGAUAGCGAGUACUGCCUGGCAGACGAGAAUAUGGCAUCAACUCCUGGUGGAGUUGCUGAAACCAGAGUACCCACUGAAGUCACCAUCGAUAGAAACCCCCAGAAAGAUACAAGCUACGCUGUAGAGCCUUCUGACGGAAAAAGGGUGAUGGAGAGUAACCAAAACAGACCAAGGCCCCCCAGUCAGGACUUCAGAUCAGAGUCUGACAUCAACGCCUCGAAGGAUAUUGAACGAGUUGAUCUUCUGGAGAACAACAUCACUCUCGCAGACCUGAAUAUUCGGCCUAUUGGCAAGGCUGCUAGGCCAAGUCCACUCUCGGCGAAAGGGAAGUCCAAGGUCGGAGCUCUGGUGAACAUAUUCCAAGACUAUGGUUUGAUACCUGAGCAAAGCAGAGGACCACUUCAAAUCUCUAGUGUUUCGCCCUCCUUCAGCCGUCAAUCAAGCCGGUAUAGAGGAGAGCCAUCCGAGACGAGUGCAGAUUCAGGCAAAGUACGCAGAAUCUCCAGAACUCUGUCGGCAGGUUCCCAUUCUGCCCCAUCACCGGUGAACCGAACUGUGACGCCCAGUUCGAUAUUCGACAGACCGCAUUCUCGGUUCAGUGAUAUUGAUACAGAGGCGAGUUUUCAAUUCGGGGAAGUUUUGAAGAGGACCAGGCAGCACGGAGGGAAUGAGAAUGAAGAUGCCUCCAUUCGCGAUGUUGAAAUGUACGGAUAAUGGGCUAUUGUGGAUCUGAAGGCGACCGUUAUUCUCAUGAGUACUUGCGAUGAGAUUGGUCAGCGCAUGGGGACCAGGAGAGUAUUGAGAUGGACUGCUGCCGUAUAUGUUAUAAGGGAAUAUUGCUAGCAAUGAUAGUUACCCGGACUGCGCUAUCCUUAAACAGAGAGCAUCAGGUUAAUA